AUGCGCCUCUCACUUUUGAUCUUCCUAGCCUUGGCCUCGUUUACCGUCUCGACGGUCCGGGCAGCUACAGGCAAUGACGAUGGCUUCCAAUUUAAGCCGGCGGCCUGGUUUGGGAGGACCACGGAUGUUUGCAUCAUCGGAGGUGGUGCUAGUGGCACCUAUGCGGCUGUUCGGCUCAAGGACAUGGGCAAGACCGUUACUGUUAUUGAAGCCAAGAACACUCUAGGCGGCCACACAGAGACUUGGACCGACCCAGCGAGUGGCCAGACAGUAGAGCUCGGCGUCGAAACAUGGCAUGUCACUAACGCGAGUAUGCGCUUCGUGGACCGUUUCAGCAUUGAGGUGGAACAUGGGCUAGCACCGAACACCCGUGGUACCGUCUUCGUCGAUUAUCAGACAGGCAAGAAUAUGGUUGGAGGAGUUGGGUACGCCUGGAAUGAUAUCCUAGCUGCGCAGGCCAAAUACGGCGAGCAGCGUGCCAAGUAUGCCAAUCUUUCCAGCGGGUACUACCUCGGUUCCCCAGUCCCGGAGGACUUCAUGCUGCCGUUCAUCGACUUUGCCAAGAAGUAUCAACUUGAGGCUAUUCUCUAUUUCUUCUAUCUGCAGCAGCAGGGUGGAAGCGACUUCUUGCGACAGCCGGCGCUUUACGUUCUCAAGGAAUUCGAUCUGGACCGGGUUGUACACUCAGCAGAUAAUGUCACCAUGAGAGCGAAGGGCCCGAUGCACGAAAUCUACGACUGUGCCUUGAAGGACCUGGGCGACGACGUUCUCCUCAACUCGAGCCUCGUCAAGACCAUGCGAUUGCGUCGCCGUAACAACAAACCUGGUGUAUUCAUAACCGUCGAAACUCCAUCCGGCUACGAGAUUAUCCAAGCGAAAGCUCUACUCAUCGCUGCGCCACCUACUAGCACCAUUCUCGACAGCCUCUGGCUCGAAGACCAGGAAACUCGUGUCCUCAGCAAGAUUGUCCCUCACUACUAUUACACCGGUCUGAUCAAUUCAACUGGCCUGCCAAACAACACGGUGUACAAUUUCGCUGCCACUAGCACGGAAUUCCACAUCCCGGAAGUCCCAGGGCUUUACUGGUUCCGAAGCACCAGCAUCACCGGAGUCUUCGACUUCAAGUACGGCCACAAUGGUACUGAAAUGAGCAGCCAAGCCAUCCAGGAUGAUAUUAUUGCCAAAGUGCGUACUAUGCACGCCUCCGGCGACUUCAAAACCACCGGCGAUUACAACCCGCAGAUCGUCAAAUUUUCCAGCCACAGCCCGUUUGACUUACAGGUCUCCCCCGAUGAUAUUAGGAACGGCUUCUAUCAGCGGCUGUAUGCGCUGCAGGGACUGCGGAGCACAUACUAUACUGGAGCGGCGUUUGGAGGGCACGAUUCUGGAGAGCUCUGGGAUUUCACGGAGGCGCUCGUGUCGAAGAUCGCGGCGACAUUGUAGUCCUGGAGUCUACACUUGUUUCGUUCUUUCUCUGGAUUCAGUCUAGACAAAGUAGAUUGAUGUUUUCCAUGAGUCUGAAUCCCAAGGGCCUUUGGCAGGGAUGAUGUGAGGGGGGUACUUUGACGGUCAAGAGUACGUAGCUAGCUACCUCAGUCU